AUGAGUACAGCCAGAUUUAUCAAGUGUGUUACAGUGGGAGAUGGUGCCGUGGGAAAGACAUGCAUGCUUAUAUCGUAUACCAGCAAUACCUUUCCCACAGAUUAUGUUCCAACAGUCUUUGACAACUUCAGUGCUAAUGUAACCGUGGAUGGUAGUACUGUUAAUGUUGGUUUAUGGGAUACUGCAGGACAAGAAGAUUACAACAGGCUAAGGCCUUUAAGCUACAGAGGAGCUGAUGUGUUUUUGUUGUGUUUUUCUCUUAUCAGUAAAGCUAGUUAUGAGAACAUUUCCAAAAAGUGGAUGCCUGAGCUGAGACAUUAUGCUCCAAAUGUGCCUAUUGUGCUGGUUGGAACAAAACUAGAUUUGCGAGACGACAAGCAAUUUUUUAUUGAUCAUCCUGGAGCCACACGAACAACAACUGUUCAGGGUGAAGAGUUGAAGAAAAUGAUUGGUGCAGUAACUUAUAUUGAGUGCAGCUCCAAAACACAGCAGAAUGUGAAGAUGGUUUUUGAUGCUGCAAUAAAGGUUGCAUUGAGGCCACCAAAGCCAAAGAAGAAACCACGGAAGAAAAGAAGCUGUGCUUUCCUUUAA